AUGAAUAAGGCCUUGAUUAAACCGAAUAGGCUACAGUUGCCUCCUCUUCCAACCAUAAAAGAUAUUAUUAAAUUGUAUAAGCUACGAGCUCUCAAACAGCUGUCCCAAAACUUCCUGUUGGACAUGAGAUUGACCGACAAGAUUGUACGAGCAGCCGGCAACAUUCGACUUGGAGAGGUGAUGGAGGUUGGGCCAGGACCAGGGGGAAUCACAAGAUCAAUCAUUGCUCGGAAUCCUGACAAAAUUAUUUUAAUUGAGAAAGACCCUCGUUUUUUACCACCACUUCAGAUGUUGGCGGAGGCAAGUCCAAUGCCUAUGAAGGUUUACCAAGGAGACAUAUUAACAUUCAACAUGGAGAAGAUGUUUAGCACUGAGCUGCAGAGAGAGUGGAGUGAACGGUCACCAAACAUCCACCUCAUCGGAAACCUCCCGUUCAGCGUGUCUACUCGACUCAUCAUAUUGUGGCUCCGAGAUAUUAGCGAGAGGAGGAACGCCUGGAAGUACGGACGAGUGCCGAUGACACUGACUUUCCAGAAGGAGGUGGCAGAGAGGAUCGUGGCUCCCAUCUUGAGUCCUCGGAGAUGCAGACUCAGUGUCAUGUGUCAGAACUGGUGCUACGUACAGCACAAGUUUGACAUACCAGGUUCAGCGUUUCUACCUAAGCCAGAUGUGGACGUCGGAGUGGUGCAUCUUGUCCCACUGGAGGAACCGGUCAUCAAUCUGCCAUUCCCUCUUGUGGAGAAGGUUGUAAGAGGCAUAUUCUCAUUCCGUCAGAAGCACUGCAUCAAAUGCCUGCAGACACUGUUUCCGAAAGGUACACAUGAGCGAUUGAUGCCAGAGAUGUUCGAGAAAGCAGAAAUCAGCCCAAAAACUCGGCCUUACCAGUUGACGGUCCCAGAGAUCGGACGGCUUUGUCACAUCUACCAUGAGAUAAUUCAGAGGGAACCUACGUUAGCCAGGUACAACAACCGUCAACCUAAGUCUAUGCUGGAAGACGAGGAAACUGACCUUGAAGAUUCAGACGAGGAAACUCACAAUCUAUAGUUUAGUGUACAGUACAUAUUGUUUAGUUAUGUCUUCAAAUAUAUUUGUUUGUUGGA